AAAAACCGAUUUUUUUUUUCUUUCUUUUUAGAGCUUUCUUUAUUUCUUUCUUACUUUAGUACUAUCAUGGUCCCCACAAUAGCUGUUACUUCGCGUAUAUCGCUUGGUAAUGUCACGGACGAAACUUUACCAGACUUGGUUGAUCUGCAUUCACGCGUAUUUCCAGUCAUUUACGGCGACAAGUUUUAUCAAGAAGUAAUGAAUGCGGGAGAAUUAGCUAAACUAAUCUAUUAUGACAACCAAUAUGCAGGAGCCGUCUGUUGUCGCAUUGAGCCAUCCAAGUAUGCUAAUUAUACUGCCAGAGUAUACAUGAUGACCCUCGGCGUCCUUAAAAACUAUAGAAAUUUGGGCUUAGGUAGUGUACUGAUUGAUCAUAUAAUGGAAAAUGCCAGACGGGCGACAAAUCCAAUGAUUACAUCACUUUAUUUACAUGUCCAAACUGUAAACGAGCAAGCGAUCCGAUUUUACACACGUAAUGGUUUUCGAAUACAAGCCAUUGUUCAUGACUAUUACAAAUUGAUAGAAAAUCGUGAUGCUUAUAUAUUGACAAGACCUGUAUUCCACAUUUAUGAAUAACUGCGUGUAGAUA